AUGUACGGAUCGGAUCUGGAGAUCUUAGUCAUCAAGCUUCUUGUAAACCUUGGAAACUUCAACUCCAACUCCAAGACAUUCAAUCUCCAAUUAACUCAUAUCACCUCUAUUUCUCGAUUCACCCGAGCGCCAUUGAUCUCCGCCCACCUCACCUAUUCCUCCCCGAUGGCUCGCUCCUCCGUCGUUCAGGAGUAUGCCGUGCCCUCAACAACCUUAAGCCUCGACCAUAAGGUCUCUAACGAGCGCCAGAUCUACCGAGUCCCACGGCCCGAAGGCUACCGAGUCUCAUGGCACGCCAACCCAGCUGUCGAAGCACACCAUUUCGGCCAGUCGCAUCCGAUGAAACCAUGGCGUCUUACAUUGACGAAACAACUUGUUAUGGCGUACGGAAUGCAUCACGCUAUGGAUCUUUAUCUCGCGCGCGCAGCUACAUAUGAGGAAAUGGAGGACUUCCAUGAAUCAGAUUACCUUGACUUUCUCCGUCAGGUAAUGCCAGGGGAUAUGGAUCGGUCGGAGCAGAAUGAUAAUGUCGUGCGAUUUAAUUUCGGCGACGAUUGUCCUAUCUUUGAUGGGCUUUAUGAUUAUUGUUCGCUUUAUGCGGGCGGGACUGUCGAUGCAGCGCGCAAGCUCUGCAAUGACCAGUCUGAGAUCGCGAUUAACUGGUCUGGUGGUCUACAUCAUGCAAAGAAAGCAGAAGCAAGUGGCUUUUGCUACGUUAAUGAUAUCGUGCUUGGAGUUCUGCAGCUUCUCCGCCACCAUCCCCGCGUCAUGUAUAUUGACAUCGACGUUCACCAUGGCGAUGGUGUUGAGCAAGCCUUCUGGUCAACAGAUCGCGUUUUAACGGUCUCCUUCCACAAAUACGAUAAAGAUAAUUUUUUCCCUGGUACCGGUGCCUUAGACGAUACGGGCCCUACACACCCACUCAACCCUGGCGCGCAUCACAGCAUCAACGUCCCCCUAAAUGACGGUAUAGACGACGACUCCUAUAUCCAGCUCUAUCACGAAGUCAUCGGCGCCUGUGUCCGGAACUAUAACCCCGGCGCGAUCGUUCUACAAUGCGGCGCAGAUAGUCUUGGCUGCGAUCGACUUGGCUGCUUCAAUUUGAAUGUUCGUGCCCACGGAGCUUGCGUGGCAUUUACUAAGACCUUCGGACUUCCUCUCCUCGUCGUUGGAGGCGGAGGAUAUACACCUCGAAAUGUUUCUAGGGCCUGGGCUCACGAGACGUCUAUUUUGCUUGACGCGGAUCAAAUUAUUGAUUCGACGAUUCCGGAUUCAGUGGCUUUUCGCAAUCAUUUCGGCCCUGAUUAUUCGCUUUUUCCACCGUUGUCGGAAAUUAGGAAGUUGGAGAAUAAGAAUCCAAGACCAUAUCUUGAGGGUUUGGUCGAGGCUGUGCAUGAGCAGUUGAGGUAUAUUAAGGGUGCGCCGAGUGUGCAGAUGAGUUUUAUUCCGCCGGAUAUAUUGGGGUUGAGGGAGGAUACGGAGAAGGAGAUUGAGGAGCAAACUGCGCUUAUGGAGGAGGAGAGGGAGGAAAGAGAGGGGAAUGGGUCGAUUGUUGCUGCUGGGAUGGGCAUGGGUGGUAUUGGGGUUGGUGCUGUGCCUGGAUCUGCGGGUGCGAUUCCUCGUGGGAAUCGGAGGAGGGAACUUGAGAGGGGAGCUGGGUAUAAGGGUGAAUUGUACUCAUGA